UACAGUGUCCUGUCCCAAACUCCGUUCUCUUGAAAGUUGAAACGACGACUACACCUUCUUUCUCUUCUCGAUUGGUCUAAAAAACGAAACGAAAAAUGCAGCAGCAAGGGAGUAAGAGUGGAUCUGAGAUGGAGGUGACAUGGGAGGACCAGCAGAACAUUAACACCUUCAGCCGUUUGAAUAACAGAUUCCACGACCUCGAUGACGAAAUCAAAUCCGCCAAGGAAAAGUGUGAUAACUUAGAGGAUGCAGGGAACGAGUUGAUCCUUGCUGAUGAGGAGAUGGUGCGGUUUCAAAUCGGAGAAGUGUUUGCUCAUUUGCCCAGGGACGAGGUUGAAACAAGGAUAGAAGACAUGAAAGAGGCUACCUGCAAAAGCCUUGAGAAGCUCGAGGAAGAGAAGGUAUCAAUAGUCUCACAAAUGUCUGCGUUGAAGAAGGUUUUGUAUGCUAAGUUCAAAGAUUCCAUCAAUCUUGAAGAAGAUUAAUACCAGAUCCUCCAACUUGUUCUCUUUACUAUUUGCAUUCACUUUGAUUGUAUUGAGUGUUGUAAACCAGGGCUAGAUUCUCAAAAUUUAUCAUACUGGUUUUGUUCUUGCAUCAAAUGUUUUUGGAUGUAAUGUAGUCUAUAAUUUGGAUUCAAUACCAAUCGAAGCCAUUUUCAUUUCCA